AUGGAACGUGAGCAGGAAUUGACCAGAACUGAACCGUUGGAUCGAUACGGGCUGGGCGGUUUGCACCCCGUCCACAUCGGCGAUGUUUUUAAUGAAGGCCGCUACCGAAUCGUCGAUAAACUUGGGAGUGGACAAUCGGCAACGGUUUGGGUUGCUCGCGAUCAAUACACAAACGACUCUGUAGUUUCCUUGAAGUUCCUGAGCGCAAGUGAGACCGAGAAGAGCCAUAUCGAACUGAGCAUCUUCAGAAUGAUCGAAACGAUGAAUCUCGGUCACCCAGGACGUCAACAUGUGGCCAAGCUUCUGGAUCACUUCUAUCAUGAAGGCCCAAACGGGAUACAUUUGUGCACGGUGAUGGAGUUUGUUGGUCCUACCCUCUUCGAUGUGCUGGAUGUCUCACCAGGUGAGUGCAUGAAACCGAAUCUGGCCCGCCAUGUUUCUCGGCAGCUGCUACUUGCGGUGGAUUAUCUACACUCGAUCGGAAUUGUACACGGCGAUUUAAAUCACGGCAACAUCCUGCUUCGCUUACCCGAUCCUGACGAAUAUCUCAUCUUCGACAAGCCACAAGUUAGGGAAGUCAUAAACACCAAUGGAUUUCCUCUUGGUGCAGGAUACCCGAAAUAUGUCAUAGAACCUAUUCAAAUCGCCGAAGUAUGGGAAGAUGAUGUCGAGAUUUUUCACGAUAUACAAAUCAUCGACUUCGGAUCAUGCAAGUCUUUCACCUCCUUCCUUGACACGAGGCCUGACAGCGUUGCGCAUAUGCCUAUAAUAUUCACCCCUCCAGAGGUGAUCUUCGAGAAGCCAUUCACAAAGGCAAUCGAUAUCUGGACCCUCGCAUGUGUUACAUACACCAUCGCAACGGGAGACGAUCUCUUUGAGGGUGGACAAAGGGAUCGCCGCGAUCUGAUACCAGAGAUGUACAGAGCGAUAGGCGCAUCGGCUGCCCCGUGGCUUAUGGAUGCAAUAGUAGAUGCUCUGGCGCGUGACGUUUGGAAUACCUUACCACCUAUCCGAUUCCCUCUUUGGGAUGAUAGAAUGGCAACUCUGGAGGAACGCGUUCGAUUCAACAUUUUCUUCAAUAAGAAAGAAGAGGAUUCCGACGAAGACGACUCCAAUACCGAAUCACACGAAGAAGACUCCAUUGGCAAGAACAAUGUAGAGUUCACCGAGCUUCUACUCAACUACCUCAAGGCGAUGUUGGUCGUCGAUCCGGACAAGCGAGCCACGACAACGGAACUGCUUGAGUUAGAGUUUGUAAAGGACCUUGGAACGGAGUGGCUAGAAGUCAGCGACUUAUACAAGUCCGACACUAAUAGCGAGGGUGAAGAAGCCCAGACUGAUGAGGCCGAUCUGUCAAAUCAGAUGGCGCAGAUGACACUGAGGCGGAAACGCACGUCCUGA